AUGACCGAUAACACCAACGGCGAUGGGAAUCCAAUUAAAAAAAUUGAAAAGGUCGUUGAAGCAUCUUUGAGGCCUUUGCCUACUGAAACUGGCGAUGGUACCUACGUCCUAAACAAAAAGGCGACCGGACUCGCCAAAGAUCUCGGGCAUAUCGACCUGAAAGAUAUGAAGACACUUGUCGAUGUUGCUAAGAGUGCGGUGACAGGCGAGCCUGUCAAUGACAGAGACUAUGUCAUGGAGAGAGUUAUUCAGCUUGCGGCCGAACUUCCUGCGACAUCCCGGAAUGGCAAGGAGUUGACGAAUACUUUCCUCAAUAUGCUAUGGAAGGACUUGGAACACCCGCCAAUCUCGUAUCUUGACCGUGAUUCUAGGUAUCGCAAAGCCGAUGGAUCUGGAAAUAAUGUCUUCUGGCCGAAGCUUGGAGCAGCAGGAACUCCAUACGCUCGAUCUGUCAGACCAAGAACUGCCCAGCCGGCUGCUCUUCCAGAGCCAGAGACGCUUUUUGAUAGCCUUCUAGCCCGGAAGACUUUCAAGGAGCAUCCAAACAAGAUCUCCAGUAUUCUUUUCUAUCUUGCGUCUAUUAUCAUUCACGACUUAUUCCAGACCGACAGGGGGGACAGUUCAAUUUCGCAGACUUCCUCAUAUUUGGAUUUGGCGCCUCUGUAUGGUAACAACCAGGAGGAACAAAACACGGUCAGGACUUUUAAGGAUGGAAAACUGAAACCUGACUGCUUUUCCACCAAGCGAAUUCUGGGCUUUCCCCCUGGAGUUGGUGUGAUGCUUAUCAUGUUUAAUCGCUUCCACAACUAUGUUGUCACACAGCUGGCAGAGAUCAAUGAAGGCGGCCGAUUCACCAAGCCCGAUGAAACCAACGCCCCAGCAUACGCUACGUGGGACAAUGACCUUUUUCAGACAGCACGCCUGGUCACUUGCGGCCUCUAUGUCAACAUAAUCUUGAAAGAUUACGUUCGAACCAUCCUUGAUCUGAACCGCACUGACAGCACCUGGAGUUUGGAUCCCCGAUCGGAGAUGAAGGAUGGUCUGCUCAGUGAUGCUGCCGGACAAGCCACUGGAAACCAAGUGUCCGCGGAGUUCAAUCUGGUCUACCGCUGGCACUCAUGCGUGUCUGCUCGCGAUCAGAAAUGGUCAGAGGAUCUGUACAAAGAGUUGUUCACUGACCAAGAUCCCAACAACAUUACGCUGCAACAGUUCACUAUGGGCCUUGGACGAUGGGAGGCAUCUCUUCCUACUGACCCUGUUGAACGUCCAUUUGCCAAGCUGCAGCGUACCGCAGAUGGUACAUUCAGCGAUGACGACCUGGUCAGAAUCUUCGAAGAGAGUGUUGAGGAUGUCGCUGGAGCAUUCGGUGCCUCUAAUGUGCCCACUGUCUUCAAAAGCAUCGAAGUCCUUGGCAUGAAGCAGGCCCGGUCCUGGAAUCUGGCAACACUCAACGAGUUCCGCAAUUUCUUCAAUCUUACUCCAUACAAGUCUUUUGAGGAAAUCAACUCGGACCCGUAUAUCGUCGAUCAACUCAAGCAUCUCUACGAACACCCUGAUCUUGUCGAGUUGUAUCCUGGAAUCAUCGUGGAAGAUGCCAAGGAGCCGAUGUCACCGGGUAGUGGCCUCUGCACCAAUUACACCAUUUCACGGGCAAUUCUUUCCGAUGCUGUUGCCCUAGUUCGCGGAGAUCGCUUCUAUACUGUUGAUUUCACUCCUAAGCAUCUCACUAACUGGGCUUACAACGAGAUCAACUGCGAUGCCUCGGUGGACCAGGGCCAUUGUUUCUACAAGCUGGUUUUGAGGGCAUUCCCCAACCACUUCCGUGGAGACUCGGUCUAUGCGCACUUUCCAAUGGUGGUGCCUCAAGAAAACAAGAAGAUCUUGACCAGCCUUGGCCUCGGCAGCACGUACAGCUUUGAUCGACCCAGCUACCGGCAGAUCCCCCGCCUCAUCAACUCCCACGCUGCCUGCAAGUCAAUCCUCGAAAACCCAGAUGUCUUCAAAGUGACAUGGGGAAAGAAGCUUGAGUUCAUUCUACACCGCGAUGCCCACCCGUACGGUCGAGACUUUAUGCUGUCAGGGGACCGUCCGCCAAAUGCAGCGUCCCGGAAAAUGAUCGGCCACGCUCUGUACCGGGACGAGUGGGAGUCUCAAGUUCAAUCGUUCUAUGAAGAAAUUACGCUGAAGCUCCUCGGGAAACAUUCGUACAAGAUCGCCGGGGUCAACCAGGUCGACAUUGCGCGCGAUGUGUCCAACCUUGCACAGAUCAACUUUUGCGCCCAUGUGUUUUCACUCCCGUUGAAAACCGAGUCAAACCCCCGAGGUAUUUUCACUGAGAUGGAGCUUUACCAGAUCAUGGCCUUGGUGUUCACGUGUAUUUUCUAUGAUGUGGAUGUCGCAAAGUCGUUCCAGCUCGGACAAGCUUCUCGCAGUGUUGCACAGCAGCUUGGCGAGCUGGUCAUGGCCAACGUCGAGCUUGUUGAUAAGGCUGGGUUCAUUGCCAAUAUUGUGAAUCGUCUUCACCGACACGAUGCGUUGAGUGACUACGGAGUUCACAUGAUUCAGCGCCUGUUGGACAGUGGAUUGCCUGCCAAGGAAAUUGUCUGGACGCAUAUCCUUCCCUCGGCCAGCUCUAUGGUCGCCAACCAGGCACAGCUGUUUAUACAAUGUCUAGAUUUCUAUUUGGAGAAAGAAAAUGCUGCCCACCUUGCCGAGAUCCAGCGACUGUCAAAGGAGGAUACUCCUGAGUCGAAUGAUCUCCUUCUGAGAUACUUCAUGGAAGGCGCACGUAUCCGAUCUUCAGUGGCACUGCCGCGAGAAGUCGCAAAGCCAACAGCCUUCGACGAUAACGGGGAGAAGGUCACUCUGAAGACCGGCCAGCAGAUCUACUGCAACCUGGUAAAUUGGGCUCCUUUUUCACACUAUGCAGCAUCCAUGGAUCUAACCAAGGUUUCCACACAGGUGGCCGCAAGUCACGACGCCAAAGCCUUCCCCGACCCCGAAAAAGUUCGCUUGGACCGGAACUUGGAUGAGUAUAUUCAUUUUGGGCUUGGCCCACACCAAUGCCUCGGCCUCGGGGUAUGCCAGGUGGCACUGCCGACCAUGCUUCGAGUGGUGGGACAAUUGAAGAAUCUUCGUCGAGCCCCGGGCCCCCAGGGACAGCUGAAGAAGAUCAAGGCGCUCGGCGGGAUCACCAUGUAUAUGGACGUGGAACAAAGCAGCUUCUCCCCAUAUCCCUCGGUCAUGAAGAUCCAGUGGGAUGGAGAGCUGCCCAAGACCAGAUACUCGUGA